UGAGAUGAACGUAUGGGUCUAUAUCAAAUCGCGCGUCUUUCUUUUAUGGCACUAUCCCUAGAGCGUCAGUUUCCGCCCGAAAGCCACUAUCUCACCAACCAGCUCUGUCAACACUGACACUUGACGCUCGGCCGGGGCAUACCCGAGAUUGCAGACAGCAAGAAGGGUGCAACUGAAGCCAGUGGAACGACGCUUUUCUCCUACUCUGAACGCUUAAAAAAGCCACGAAACUCCGUGCGAGCCUUGCGCAGCUAAGGCGGAUCAUGGCGAAGUCACUGAACGUCUUUCUUUACCGCAUCGUCUACAUCUGCGCGUUGUGGUGCGUGGAUCUGGCGUAUCAACGUGAAGCGCCGAGCGAAAACGACUACGACGAGCAAGGCGUCAAGCUCUGGGCACUUCUAGUGGCCGGUUCGAACGGCUACUCCAACUACAGGCACCAGGCUGACGUGUGCCACGCUUACCACCUGCUGCGACGCCACGGCAUCCCGGAUAAUCGCAUCGUGGUCAUGAUGUACGACGACAUCGCGUACGCCGAGGAAAACCCGACGCCUGGUGUCGUCGUGAACCACAUCAACGGCUCCAACCUCUAUCCGGGAAUGGUGAAGGACUACACGGGUAAUCUGGUCACCCCGGAAAACUUUCUAGACGUUCUACAGGGUCGGAGACCGCGCGACGGAGGCACGGGAAAGGUGAUCGCCAGCGGACCGCGAGACCACGUGUUUGUGUACUUUGCCGAUCACGGCGCUCCGGGCUUGAUCGCAUUCCCAAACAGCGUGCUGCACGCCAGGAACUUGAGUGACGUCAUCAGGAAAAUGCACAGCAGGGGCCAGUUUGGCAAGAUGGUGAUAUACGUCGAAGCCUGCGAAUCGGGUUCCAUGUUUGCCGACGGUUUGCUGCUGAACAACGUUAGCGUGUAUGCCACGACAGCGGCCAAUCCCGACGAGCCUUCCUACGCCUGCUAUUAUGACCCCAUUCGUGAAACUUACUUGGGCGAUGUCUACAGCGUGAAAUGGAUGGAGGACUCUGACAUAGAAAACUUGAGGAAGGAGACUCUAAUAGAUCAGUUCAAUAUUGUCAAAUGGGAGACGAACACGAGCCAUGUGCAGGAGUACGGAGAUCUCAACGUUGGCGCCAUGACAGUGAGUCAGUUUCAAGGAAGCAACGUGACAGAGCCUGUCAUCCACCCAACGGUGCCCUUGGACGAAGUCGACAGUCGCGACGUACCAGUAGCUGUUCUUCAAAAGAAGAUCAAAGCAGCUACUGAUCCCAAUUUAAAGAACGCCCUUGAGAGGAAGUUGGAAAAUAUUUUGGCUAAGCGGUCCCUCGUUGUACAGAAGGUCAGUGAAAUAGUCCAGCUGCUUACCUACGGAAAUGCAGAACAAGCAGAGAUGUUGUUAACUGCAAAGAAACGCAUAUCAGACUUCGACUGCUACGAGAAAGUGAUCGACAGCUUCAGCAGGAAGUGUUUCGCGCUUGCAGCCAGUCCAUACGCAUUGAGCCAACUCCAUGUUUUUGCCACUGCAUGCGACACAUUCCAAGCCAGUGAGAUUAAGGCAGCUAUCAGUGCUAUGUGCACGUCACCUUCAGUAAGAGGUAUUGUCUAAUUGCUAAGUUCGCUCCCUUUAAUAUUUAAAAAUGCAGCAGCAAUAAAUGAAACUCUAGUUCCAGCA